GACACAUGUUUUGUUUGUUUGUGUUUUCGUUCGGCUGAGAAAAGGAAAUUUUGAUAAUUUGCUAGUCAUUUUCUCACGCGACUCAAAGAAAAAAGAGCCAUGGGAGAGACGAACCUUCAGCAUGAAGACCUGCUCAUCAAGCUGCGGGCCAAGCUUAACGAGGAGAAAGUCAAGCUGUGGGAAAGCUCGUACAUNCCGUACAUCUUGCCUGAUAAUGAAUUAUCACAAAGUUUGCAGGACUUGGCAAAAAAAUAUGCCACUGAACUUUCCCUGGACGUGGAUGUAGUGCUCCAAGCAUUGCACGAGCUUCAACUGCACUCAAUUGACCGAUCAAAGGCCAAUGCUGAGUUCAAAGAGACGGGAUGUGCUACGUUCAGGGUCAAAGCCACAUUGCCUGGAGAGAGGCCUAGAGUGUUGAAAAUCCAACGGAAACUGGACGUUCUAGGAAGUGAAUUGAUUAAAACUGUGGCGGAAGAAGUCGGUGUCACAGAGAGCAGAGUAAAGCUAAUAUUUAAUGGCAAAGUAAUAAAGCCAGUGCCCAAUCUAGAGCAGCAGGGUGUGAAGAAUGGGGCCCAGAUAAUGGCUCUUAUUAUGGCUGAGGCACCUGAAGUGGUGAAGAAAGAAGACACCAUGUACAUGGAAAUGAAAGCAACAAGGGAUGAUGCUACUUUGCUGACCGAGUAUGUUGAUGAUCUGGCUGAUGAUGAUGAUGAAUACAUAAAGUUGGAGGACCAAUCCGGCAAGACCGUGCACCUGCCAGCGGCUGAGCGGCGCUCGCUGAUGGUGGGCUUGGCGCUGCACGAGCGAGGCCGCGCCGCCGCGCGCCAGCGGGACUACUCGCUCGCACUCGUGCUGUUACUGGCGGCCGACGCACAGCUCAACGAGUGCAGCUCGUCGAUCCUGAAGUCGGUGGACAACUGGGCGGUGCUGCAGCUGGACAUCGCCUGGUGCUACCUGUGCCUGCAGAACCUCUCCUCCGCCAACGACGCCGCCGCCCGCCUCGCCAGGGCUGAAGAAUCAUUCAAGAAUAGCUACGGCGAGGAUCACCAGCGGCUCAUCGCCUUGAAAGGCACCGCAGCCAACGAGCGAGUGCUCAUCAUGCGGCUGUACCUGCUGCAAGGCAUCGUGGCCUACCACCAGAACAAGCGCGCCGAGGCCAAGGCUCUGCUGGAGAAGGCUGAGAACGAGCUGAACUUCUUACGGGUGGACGAAAACGCAGUGACGGCGUUAACAGAGCUGGGCUGGACUUGCGGACAGGCGCGUGCGGGACUGCGCGCCGCGGCCGGCCAGCUGGACCGCGCGCACCACUACCUGGCCGAGCGCCGCGCGCAGCGGGAGCUGGAGCGCGAGCAGCACCGCCGCGACCGGCAGCGGCGCGCUCUCGGCCUCUGCAUGGACGGGUCUGAAGUGCGACAACAGCUCGUGGACGCGCUCGUGGGCAUGGGCUACUCGCGGCGGCUGGCGGCGCACGCGCUGCGCAACUCCAACAACCACGUCGCCGAGGCCGUGCGCCUCAUCCAGGAGCAGCCCGAGCUGCUUCAAGACAGUGAUCUGUCAUCGGAGGAGACAGAGCCAUCCAGCUCAGAUGAUUCAUUGGUGGUGCCUGACGAGAAACUGGUCGAAGAUUUGGUGGCGAUGGGCUACGACGCGGAUAAAGCGAAGCUAGCGCUGCGCGUGGCCAAGAACCAAGCCAGCUUCGCGGUGGAACUGUUGGUGGCGGGAGCUAAUUUCAUGCAAGAAGAUCCAGCUAACCCUUCUACCAGCUCGGGAGCUGCCUCAAAAAAGAGACAGAAGAGGCGCAUGAAGGAGAAAAAGAAGAAGGAACGUGAGCAGGCGUGGAAGCGUCUGUCAUCGGCGCUGCGGGCUGACGAAGAGGCGCACCUCGACACCUCCCUGGCGGAGGAGGAGGAGUUCCUGGCGCAGUACAAGUCACUGCUGUAAGAGAGAGGAUUCUAAGGACUGCCCUUACCACGAGGUGAGCUGGUCGCUUAGUGCGUCCAACCAUUCGAGGAGGAAAUAAACUUCCCGGGAACCAGUGGUAACUUACUAUGUGUGUGUAAUACCGGGUUACUGGUAUUUUGACUUAAUAAGAAAUAUCACUAACCCUGUAUUUUAGUGUUUUAUACUCGUUGUAG